AUGUUUUCUUUUGGGAAGCCGGUCUUCUUGAGUGUCUCCACGGUGAAGGGGAAGACCAACGAGUGGAACAAGAAUGAUGACCGGCUGCUACAGGCCGUGGAGAAUGGAGACGCGGAGAAGGUGGCCUCCCUACUGGGCAAGAAGGGAGCCAGUGCCACCAAGCAGGACAGCGAGGGCAAGACCGCCUUUCAUCUUGCUGCUACAAAAGGGCAUGUGGAAUGCCUCAGGGUCAUGGUUACACAUGGCGUGGAUGUGACUGCCCAAGAUACUGCCGGACACAGUGCCUUGCACCUCGCAGCCAAGAACAGCCACCACGAAUGCAUCAGGAAGCUCCUUCAGUCAAAAUGCCCAGCCGGAAGUGUGGACAGCUCUGGGAAAACAGCUUUACAUUAUGCAGCGGCACAGGGCUGCCUUCAAGCUGUGCAGGCUCUUUGCGAGCACAAAAGCCCCAUAAACCUCAAGGAUUUGGAUGGGAAUAUACCACUGCUUCUUGCAGUACAAAGUGGCCACAGUGAGGUCUGUCGCUUUCUCCUGGAUCAUGGAGCAGACAUAAAUUCCAGGGACAAAAAUGGAAGAACUGCUCUCAUGCUAGCCUGUGAGAUCAGCAGCUCUAAUAUUGUGGAAGCCUUAAUUAAAAAGGGUGCAGACCUAAACCUUGUAGAUUCUCUUGGACACAAUGCCUUACAUUAUUCCAAACUCUCAGAAAAUGCAGGAAUUCAAAGCCUUCUAUUAUCAAAAAUCUCUCAGGAUUCUGAUUCAAAGACACCAACAAAACCAAAGCAGCAUGAUCAAGUCUCUAAAAUAAGCUCAGAAAGAAGUGGAACUCCAAAAAAACGCAAAGCUCCACCACCUCCUAUCAGUCCUACCCAGUUGAGUGAUGUGUCUUCCCCAAGAUCAAUAACUUCAACGCCACUUUCGGGAAAGGAAUCUGUGUUCUUUGCUGAACCACCCUUCAAGGCUGAGAUCAGUUCUAUACGGGAAAACAAAUACAGACUAAGUGACAGCACGACAGGUGCUGAUAGCUUAUUGGAUAUAAGUUCUGAAGCUGACCAACAAGAUCUUCUUGUCCUGUUGCAAGCAAAAGUUGCUUCUCUUACCUUACACAAUAAAGAAUUACAAGAUAAAUUACAGGCCAAAUCACCCAAGGAGGCAGAUGCAGACCUGAGCUUUGACUCCUACCAUUCCACUCAAACUGACUUGGCCCCACCCCUGGGCAGACCUAGUGAAACCUCUCCCCCAGACUCCAAGUCAUCUCCAUCCGUCUUAACACAUUCCUUGAGUAAAUCCACUCUCGACAGCGACGGGCAAAUUCAGCAACUGCAGGAGAUUCUGCAGGACUUGCAGAAGAGACUAGAGAGCUCUGAAGCAGAGAAGCAGCAGCUACAGGCUGAGCUCCAGUCCAGGAGGGCCGAAUUGGUGUGCGUUAACAGUGCAGAGAUUUCAGAGAACGGCUCUGACCUCAGCCAGAAACUGAAAGAAACUCAGAGCAAGUACGAGGAGGCCAUGAAAGAAGUCCUUAACGUGCAGAAGCAGAUGAAACUGGGCCUCGUCUCGCCCGAAAGCGUGGACAGUUAUUCACAUCUCCAUGAGUUACGGAUCACUGAGGAGGAAAUAGAUGUGCUAAAGCAGGAUCUCCAGAACGCAUUAGCUGAAAGUGAAAGAAAUAAGGAGAAAGUGAGAGAGUUAGAAGAAAAACUUGUAGAGAAGGAGAAAGAUUUGGGUAUUAAGUCUCCCGGGGAAGAGUACGAGGAAAUGAAAAGUUCAUAUUGCUCUGUGAUUGAGAAUAUGAAUAAGGAGAAAGCUUUUUUGUUUGAGAAAUACCAAGAGGCCCAAGAAGAAAUCAUGAAACUAAAAGAUGCCCUAAAGAGUCAGAUGACACCGGAAGCCGGCGAUGAAGCUGGGGAUAUGAAAGAGGCCAUGAACAGGAUGAUAGAUGAGCUCAACAAACAGGUAAGCGAGCUGUCCCAGCUGUACAAAGAAGCCCAGGCCGAGCUGGAGGAUUACAGGAAGAGGAAAUCUCUAGAAGACGUAACAGCCGAAUAUAUCCAUAAAGCGGAGCAUGAGAAACUGAUGCUAGUGACAAACGUGUCCAGAGCUAAGGCAGAAGAGGCAUUGUCCGAAAUGAAGUCUCAGUACUCAAAGGUAUUGAACGAGUUGACGCAGCUCAAACAGCUGGUGGACGCACAGAAAGAGAACUCUGUCUCCAUCACAGAACAUUUGCAGGUGAUAACCACACUGCGGGCUACCGCGAAAGAGAUGGAGGAAAAAAUAAGCAGUCUCAAAGAGCACCUUGCAAGCAAGGAAGGGGAAGUAGCAAAACUGGAGAAACGACUCCUGGAAGAGAAGGCCGCGAUGGCCGACGCCAUGGUGCCCAGGUCUGCCUACGCAAAGCUCCAGUCAUCACUAGAAAGUGAAGUGAGUGUGUUGGCCUCAAAAUUGAAGGAGUCCGUAAAAGAGAAAGAGAAGGCCCAUUUGGAGGUCUCCCAGAUUCGAAGUGAAGUCUCACAAGUGAAAAGGGAAAAGGAAAAUAUUCAGGCUCUCUUAAAAUCCAAAGAGCAGGAAGCAAACGAACUUCGGCAACAGUUCCAGCACGCUCAGGAGGAGCUUUCAGAAAUGAAGAGACAGUCGGAGAGCUCUUCCAAACUGGAGGAGGAUAAAGAUAAGAAGAUAAAUGAGAUGUCAAAGGAAGUCACCAAGUUGAAGGAGGCCCUGAACAGCCUCUCGCAGCUCUCCUACUCAGCUAGCUCGUCCAAGAGGCAGAGUCAGCAGCUGGAAGGACUGCAGCAGCAGGUCAAGCAGCUACAGAGCCAGCUGGCUGACUGCAAGAAACAACACCAGGAGGUGAUAUCUGUUUACCGAAUGCAUCUUCUGUAUGCUGUGCAGGGCCAGAUGGAUGAAGAUGUCCAGAAAGUACUGAAGCAGAUCCUUACCAUGUGUAAAAACCAGUCCCAGAAGAAGUAG